AUGGAUAUGAAGCGUACAGCUAUUGACUCUUCUGGACGCCUUGGUUUCUUUUAUAAUGCAUACCGAGAUUGUUUACUUGAACAGUCAAAUAUGAAUAAGGAAGAAGAGUUAUAUGCAACCUAUAAAAUAGUUCAAGGCGAGAUUAAACAUGGCAACGACGAUCAACCUCAAAAUCUUUUACGACUUCUUUCUUUAGACGAACAUUUAACAUUGAGUAUCUUAUUAAGAUUAACACCAAAUCGUAUACAAAAAUUAUCAGACACAAUAGUAGAUACUGAACAAUUCAUAGGCUCAUCAAUACCUUCAUGGACAGCAACUCAUAUCAUAACUGGUAUUGAAUGGGGAACUGACUUAGUUAUCCUUCUGCAGUUACCAACUGACCAAUGUAUAGCAUCACAGAUUGAUGAUGUACUUGACAAACUUCUUUCAUCUUUACUUAAUAAUGAGAAUAUUUCUCCAUUAACUCAAGAUGAAGAAAAAGUUAAAAAUGAUUCAAAUCUACGUUUUAUCUAUGCUGAUUUUUCUGAUUGUUCUUUUGAACUAUCUACUAUGAUGGUAUUAUCAUCAUCAAAAGAGACUCAUGAAAAUAUACUUGAUCAACCGUCAGCUCCAUUGUCUGGAACGAUGGAAGUAUCUACUCCAUCAUUUAGAGAACCUGAGCUUUCUAUUCUACCAUCAGUCGAUGCUGAUACUUCUAGUGUACCGGUAACAUCAAUGACAAUGCCAACUGAUGAAACUAUUAAUAUUCUUCUUUUGGGUGAAACGGGUGUUGGAAAAUCGACUUUUAUUAAUGCUUUUGCCAAUUAUCUUACAUUCAACACACUCGAAGAAGCUGAGAGAGGCCAACCAGUUGUACUCAUACCUGUUUCAUUUAUAAUUACAAUCGGUGAUAACUUUGAAGAACAUAUUGUUAAAUUUGGUGAUAUGAAUGAUUCAAAUAAUGAAGAUUUUGAUCAUCCAGGUCAAUCUAUUACACAAUAUUGUAGAUCAUAUAUAUUUCAUCUAAAUGAUUCUGAUCGAAAAGAACUAUGUAUUAUUGAUACACCUGGUUUUGGUGAUACAAGAGGUAUUCAACA